GGUCAGUCUUCGAUCUUCCUCACAGCAGAUCCAAAUGUCGAAAUCCUCGAAAAGGAAGCAAAAAGAAAACCAAAAAUCUGGUGCUGCUGCUAUGAUCCGGCACGAAUUACAGUGUUCCACUUAAACAGCGAGGCUUCGCUGAUUCACAGCGCAGCAUUAUGACACACGACGCGGCGACAGACGAACAAACGAUGAAGCAGAAGAAAGACGACAUUGAUUGGCCUCCUCCUGCUCGCACCUUUUCUUCUUCCAGUGGGAGAUGAUGCUUACAGGUACCAAAAAAUCGCUCUCUUUUUUUCGCUCUCAUUGCUCAAGCCAAACUUUUUUUCCCACCACCACCGCCUAUAAACUCUAAAGUGUGUUUGGUGUGAUAGAGAGGAGCUUUUAGAUUAUUGUCCUUGAUCGCGACCAUCAUCCAGUCUCUGUGAAAAAACAAAGAGAAAGGCUCGCCAACGCCAUAGCCAGAAAGCUGUCACGCACAUACACACACAGAGUGUGCGCGCUGCUACAUUACACUACACUCCAACAGUCAAACAGAGCCGCGAAUAUCCCGUGCCGAGAGAAGAAAUAUACCCCUCGCCGUACACGUGUCACGCACCGGGCUCCACCUAACACCCCCGUUGCCUUCCGCGCAGCUUCGCCAGACCGACGGAAUAUCCGCUGGCCGCCCGGAUAUCCCGACGGCGCGGGGCCCGCGCGGUGGCCGCGCGGGCGGCCACCGCGGUAGCAGUUCCACCAUAUCUGGUGGCGUGUGAAGGGUGAGGUGUGCCCUCCCCGCGCGGUGUGCGUGUGUGGGUCUUAUCCCUUGUGUGUGGUGUGGGGAUUUCCAUGAGUCUAUGAUCGAAUACCAUGGAUGUGUCAUCCAUCCAUCCAUAGCACCCCCAUUCACCAUUCUUGUAGGGAGGCUACCACUAUAGUUACUACUACUGGCCCUGGCGCUGGCCCUUAAAAAUUGGGCGCUUUUUAUGUGGUGCUGUGGUGCCAUGUAUGUAUGUGCUGCAACGCCGCGGGAGCGGGCGUGACACAUUGUCUUAUGGAAUGGCGGACAAGGACACCCACCCCCACCACUAUCCCUCCUCCUCUUCUCCACCGCCUCCUCCUCCUCCUCCGCCGCCACAUUCUUUGCCCUCAUCGUCUGGCGCGGCGCCUUGCUCCUCCUCCGCCACCGCCGCCGCCGCCUCCCAGCGCCACCAGCGCCUCCUCCAGGGCACGAAUCUCAAGCAGCAGCAGCACAGCGCCGCGGAUCUACGGCGAAAUCCCGGUGUGAAGCACGGCGUUGCGAAUCACAAGCCCGGCGGGGUGAAUCUGCGGCAGACGCAACAGGUUCUUGUCAAUCACAGGCAGGAUCUUGCGCGGCCCGAGCAUAAUCUCGCGAAGAAGCCAGCGGCUGGGCAGGUUCUCGCGCGGCACGAGCAUAAUCUCGCGAAGCAGCCAGCGGCUGGGCAGAAUCUCCCGCGGCACGAGCACAAUCUCGCGAGGCAGCCAGCGGCUGGGCAGAAUAUUGCGAAUCACAAGCACGGGGCCGGGAAUCACCACGGCAAGCUGCCAAAGAAGCCGUCCUCGUCGAUCCAGCAGCCGAUCGAGGCUAAGAAGGUCCCGGCGCCGGUUUCUAGCACAAAGCCCGUCACCAAGCCCCGAUCUUCGCGUGACGAUGAGGCAUCCGCGCUCUCUCCCAAGAAGAAGCAGCUCAAGCUCAUUCUUAAGCUCCGGAAGCCUCAGCAGGACGGCCCCGAGCUCCCACCGCCCCCCCAGGGCGUGAGAUCUAAGGCCCCGGCCUCGAAUGGCGUCGCGUCUACAGGUCUAGGGUCUGGAUCUAGCGGGCUCUCCUCGCCGUCAGGGGUUACGAGGUCGAGGCAUCCAGAGGCUAGAUCGAAUGGCACGGCGGCAGCAGCCACAGCAGCUGGAGGGUCCGUGGAGCAUCGCCAAAGAACACCAGCAGCCGUUACUACUACCACUACCACUACCAGUGCCAGUGCUAGCGAGUCCAUGGAAGACGAGGGCUUGCAACAGCAUUCUUCUAGGAAACGAAAGUUUAGGGACGCCCCCGAGGGCACAGGCGAGGAGGAGAAGGUCGCAGCCUCCACAGCCGAUGCCGAAGAUGGUUCCAAGCGGAGAAUGAAGCAACAGGAGAAAGAUGUGAGAUUUGUUCCAACACCGACUUCCGGACUGCUUGAGAAUGGUUCUCCUCCACACAGGGUCCUUGAAGAGCUUCUGGAGAGAUUCCAAAAGAAAGAUACAUACGGAGUUUUUGCUGAGCCAGUUGAUCCUGAAGAGAUACCAGAUUACCUGGACAUCAUCAAGGAGCCCAUGGAUUUCAGUACGAUAAAAAAGAAACUCUCCAAGGGAGCAUACGGAUCCAUUGAGCUUUUUGAGAGGGAUGUUAAUUUAAUUUGCAGCAACGCUAUGAAAUACAACGCUCCGAGAACAAUUUAUUACAAACAGGCCAAAGCUAUCAAGGACAUCGCCCGAAAAGCUUUUGAUGUCUUGAAAGGUCGGCUCAACGGUCAACGCAAGGGCCCUGGGAAACAAUCCAAACUAAAGCGGUGUACAACCAGAAGGUUUUCUGAACAACAAGGCUCAGAUGUAACGCCCGGGGCUGGCUUAGCGGAUGGAAAGAAGGCAUCGACCAUUGACCGGGUGGCUGAUUUAUCUCACAAGUCAAAUUCUCCAUUUCAAAGUUCUGCAAACGAUUUCGAAUUUCCGGAAGGUUCUUUAUCAAAAGCUGCCUCUCUCAAGGACGGACGCCGACUGCUUACUGUCGAUGAGAAUCGUCGUCACACUUACCGUCCUCCCGAGCCUUUUGAGGACGCUGUUGUCGCACAAAUUGUUCCGUCUGGAGUUCAAUAUGGUGGCUCGUAUGCUCAAAGCCUCGCCUUGUUCGGUGCAAACUUCAAGCGUCCGGCCUGGGACUUUGUUGCAAGGAAGAUUCGUAAGGUUUUGGCUCCAAAUGUUCCGUUUGGUCCCGGUUGGGUUGGAGAGCAUGAGAAGUCUUCACGACCUGACUGCAUACGAACCGAGCCCGCCGCACAACAGAUUCUUCCAAGGGACGAGGCCAAGGACUCAUCACAGCAACCUCCUGCGAUUGAAGUACCAUCCAGCACGGCAACUACUUCUGCCGGUGCUCCUGCGGCGCCUGUACAGCUUCCAUUCAGGCCGACUGUCUCGAAAGUUUUCGACGUACAACAGCAGCACCAGCACCAGCACCAGCACCAGCAGCACCAUCACCAGCACAGGAACGGGGUUCAAAACUACAGGAACGUCGAGGCAGUGGCCCAGCAGCAGCAGCAACAGCAGCAGCCACAGCAGCAGCAGCAGCAGCAGAUAAAGAAGCCGCCCGCGAGGUUUCCUCCUCCGCUCCAAAGAGAUCAUCCAGGCGGUAGUGCAGCAGCUGAGAACCAAGCCGAGGCAAGCAGGUAUCCAGCUCCAGCACCUCCUAAGUUUGGUCCAAACGGUAGCGUAGGAUUUUCAGGCAUGGACGCGUCGAGGGGCGCGUGGUCGCUGCAGAAAGCCUUGGGGGUCCAGGAAUCAGGCGCAAGAGACAAGAGCAGCAGCAGUGGCGGUGGUUUGCCGCGAGUGUUUGGACAGGAGCAUGCGAAUCCAGGCCGGUCCAACGCCGAACCAGCGGCGGCGGCAUCCGUUCCGUCCACCAUGGCGUUCCAUGGCUUGUCGGCGUACGGUAACAGCAGCGGCAACGCCACGAGCGCCGGGGGCCCGUUGUUUGGAAUGCCGGGGCUCGGCGGCCAAGGCAUGAUGGCGAAACAAUCUGCUACCGCAACACCACCACAACAACCGCAACCGCAACAACACCACCACCAGCAACAGCAACUGAGGCCGGACAUGAACGCGAGCAGUGCCGAUUUUUUUAGGCAGCAAAGCCAUGACUUCCACCUCAAGGAGCAGCAGCAGCAGCAGCAGCAGAUGGGGGUGUACAACGCGAUCUCGCAGUCCUUGUUGCAGCCUUGGAAGUCUCACAGGUUUCAACCGCAGCAGCAGCAGCAGCUUCACCACCUUCACCAGCAACAACAGCAACAACAGCAUCAUCAGCAGCAACACCAACACCAUCACAAUCAACUGCAGCUGAGACCGCUUCCUCCGGAUUUGAACGUUCGCCUCCAGUCUCCGAAGUCCCCACAGCACCAGGCUCAAUCCCAACUCUUGCUGAACUUACAGCAGCAGCAGCAGCAGCAUCAACAUCAGCAGCAACAGCAGCAGCAGCAACACCAGCAGCCAGAUUUGGCUUUACAACUGUAAUCUGAGGGUUCCUCCUCUCCUCCUUUUUUUUCUUGUCAUAUUGUACGGUCCUGUAUAUAGACCAAUCCGCCGUUUUGUCCUCCUGGAAAACGCAAAGAUGAUGUCUUAGUGUA